AUGGCUACAUCUAGUAAGUUCGAUACAUCUUCUGGUAGCCCAGAUAGGCCAGUGUACAACAGUGUCCAGCGUGGAUCCCAUACCGUCACUCAAUUGGAUAGAUCAAGUAGUUUCCGUGAGACCAUGGAGGGUGGUCCAGUCCUAUCCUCUCUCCCAAACACAAUGAGAAGUGCUUCUGUGCUAUCACAGGGAGAUGUGACAAAUUUCCUCCAAUGCUUGCGUUUCGAUCCAAAAAAUGUAGCAGCAGACCAUAAAGCUAGUCGUCAAGGGGAUUUUAGACGACACCUAAACGUUGCCCUUAAUGUCUCUGUGGACGAUUCCCAAUCUGUUUCAUCGAAAGGAAAGGUUACACAGGCUCCCACACCUGAGGAAAUAAAGAGAGUCAGGGUUAGUCUUCGUGAAUGCUCUGUGAAAGCAAGGGAGCGUAUGAAGAUCUUCAGUGAAGCGUUAUCUGUAUUUAACAAGUUCUUCCCAGCAGUACCCUCAAAGAAGAGAUCUAGAUCAGAAAGUUUGUCGAAUGACCGCUCCGGUCCCUUAUUAUCUAGUGAACGUUCAGUUUUGGGCCAAAGCCUUAGUAAGAUGGCAAUUCAGAAUCAUGGUGUUACCAGCAACUUUGAGCUGGAACAGCAGAAGCUAGAAGAACGAACCAAAAGUGUUGUUCCAAACAAACGCACUCGCACUUCUUUGGUGGAUGUGAGGACCAAUGCCCUUGCCAGAGCACCUGGUACUGCAGAUCGAGAUAGGGAAGUACUGAGGCUCGCAAGUAAUGGCACUGUUCAGACUGACGAACGGACAUUAUCAAUUGGUGUUGAUGGUUGGGAAAAGACAAAAAUGAAGAAGAAGCGCUCUGGGAUUAAACCUGAUGCUUCUGCAAGUUCAGUCUCCACAAAGCCCACUGACUUAUACCGUGAUCCUAAACAGGGACUGCAACAAAGAGCUGCUACUGACACCCGUUCAAGGUUGAACAGUGACUCUCAUGGUUUCAGGCCAGGAGUUGCAAGUGCUGGUGGUGUUGGAAAACCCGACAUUGUCUCUCAGUCACCAGGCUUGGGCAUGCGCUCAUCCAUCCCUGAAAAUGGUGCUGUUCUAAAUGAUAGGAGAGAGCGCCCAGUCAGUUCAGAUAAAGAAAGGGCAAAUAUUAAAAGUGUUAACAAGUCAAAUGUUCGUGAUGAUUUAAACUCAGCUAGUCCUACAUCAAGCACAAAAGUAAAUCCAUCUGUUCGAGCUCCCCGAUCAGGCUCUGUUGGUGCACCCAAGUUGUCCCCGGUUGUGAACCGUGCAACUACUGCCAGUGACUGGGAGCUCUCCCAUUGUACAAACAAGCCACCUGCUAUUGGAGCUAAUAACCGUAAACGCACUGCAUCUAAUCGUUCUUCGUCUCCACCUGUUGCUCAGUGGGCUGGCCAGAGGCCUCAGAAGAUCUCUCGCACAGCAAGACGAACAAAUUUGAUGCCUAUAGUUUCUAGUAAUGACGAGGUUUCAGCUGUAGAUACUGUAUCAGAUAUCUCCGGUAAUGAAACUGGGAUGGGACUUUCUACUCCCAGGCGUUUGUCAGCUGGCUCUCCUCAACAGAUAAAACUAAAAAGUGAGCCCUUAUCAUCUGCUGCACUAUCUGAAAGUGAAGAAUCAGGGGCUCCUGAAAUCAAAUCUCGAGACAAACCCAAAAAGUCUGAUGAAAUAGAUGAAAAGGUUGGGCUAAAUGUUCAAAAAGUAUCAAGUCUUGGUACACCAUCAAGGAAGAAUAAGCUGAUGCAAGGAGAAGAGCUAGGAGAUGGUGUGCGAAGGCAAGGAAGGACUGGGCGUACUUUCUCCACACCAAGGUCUCUCGUGCCCAUGGGCAUGGAGAAGCUUGGACCAGCAAAACAGAUUCGAAGCGCGAGGGCUAGUUCUGACAAAAAUGAAAGCAAACCUGGUCGUCCACCAACCAGAAAAGUAUCUGACCGCAAAGCAUAUACCCGUCAGAAGCAUACUGCUGUCCAUGCAACAUCAGAUUUUCUCGUUGCUUCUGAUGACGGGCAGGAAGAAUUACUGGCUGCUGCGAAUGCUGCCAUUAGUCAUGCAUCCCAAGUGCUAUCUUGUCCAUUCUGGAGGCAAAUGGAACAAUACUUUGGCUGCAUAGCGGAUGUCGACCUUGAAUAUUUGAAACAGCAGGCAAAUUUGGAUCCUAUUGUGUCGCCAGUGCCUUUUUCCUCUGAUGCCCACAUCUGCAGUAACAUCUCUAAUGGAUAUAGAUUAAUUGACCAAGGGAGAGAAGUCAGGUGUGCCACCGAAACAACUGGCGUUGAACUUCAUCCGGGAGAGUCUGUGGUUGGUACAGGGGAUAGUUCUCUCUGCCAGAUGCUUUUAGCAGCUAUAAUCUCAGAGGAUGACUGUGGCCUUGAAGAUGAGGACAAUGAAUUCGGUGCAUAUGAAACUGGAUUUGAACCGGAUCGGGUACUGGGUUUAAGUGGAUUGGAUCACCUGGAUAGUUUCCGGGCAUCUACGCAAGCUGUAUUUAAUGAUUACAAAGUGACAGUAAAGCCAGGACAUGAUUCUUCAGAAAUUAAUGUAUUAGGUACCCCAAAGGCAGGUACUUAUUCAAGUUCCAUCCAUGCUACAAAUGGUGUAUUUUCAGAUCAGAUACCAAUACCUAUAGCAGCUUCAGAACUCCAGUAUGAUAACAUGCGUUUAAAUGAAAAGCUGCUUCUGGAGGUUCAAAGCAUUGGAAUAUUUCCAGAAUCAGUGCCCGGUGUGCAUACUGAGGACGAAGGAAUCGCUGUGGACAUCUGUAAGUUGGAGGAGAAGCAUGCUGAACAGGUCUUGAAGAAGAGAGGUUUAGUUGAUCAACUGUUGAAAGCUGCCAUGGAAACAAAAGAAAUCCAGGAAAGGGAACUUGAGCAACGUGCUUAUGAAAAGCUCACUACAAUGGCUUACCACAAAUACAUGGCUUGUUGGGGAUCCACUGGCGGGAAGACUUCCAACAACAAAAUGGCCAAGCAAUCUGCCUUAGCAUUUGUCAAGCGCACGCUGGAGAGGUGCUAUAAUUUUGAAGAUACGGGUAACGGCUGCUUUAGUGAACCCAUGUUUAAAGAAAUGUUCCUCUCUGCACCUUCACAAGUCAAUGGUUCACAAAUGGUGGACUACACUGUGGAUGCCGAACCUGCUAAACCAUUUGUUGCUGCCUCAAGCCGAUUAUUAGAUUCCAGAGUUUCAGCUUCCACUGGGUUACAGCUAAGUCCUCAAACUUCACGACUUAGUCAGAAUGGGGAUGGCCAUGUUGCUAAUCCCUGUGACAUGCUUCCACCUGUACAUCGUGGAUCUGGUAAAGAAGAUACAUGGUCAAAUAGGGUGAAGAAGAGGGAAUUGUUGCUUGAAGAUGUUGGUGGUGGUACUACUGCUACCUCGUCAGGGAUUGGAGGUUCUCUAUUAAGCAGUACUAAAGGAAAGAGGAGUGAGAGAGACAGGGAGGGAAAGGGACACAACAGAGAGAUAUUAUCUAGGAACGGAACAAAUAGAAGUGGACGGCCGGCUCUGUCAAACUCUAGAGGAGAAAGGAAAUCUAAAGCGAAACCGAAACAGAAAACAACCCAGUUAUCUGUUUCUGUGAACGGCCUUCUGGGCAAGACUGAACAUCCCAAACCAACAUUGCCCUCUGAGUCUAAGCGGACUCAUCAGACUUCUGGCAGCAAUGCCAAAGAAAAAGAUGGGUUUGGUUUGGAUGUACUUGAAGACCCUGAUUCUCUUGAUUUGUCCAAUAUUAUACCAGGAAUAGAUGAUGAUGGCCAAGGACAGGAUCUAGGUUCAUGGUUGAAUAUUGACGAUGAUGGGUUACAAGACCUUGAUUUCAUGGGUCUUGAGAUCCCAAUGGAUGACCUUUCGGACUUGAAUAUGAUGGUUUGA